UUGGUUUGUUCCACUUCCGCUUAACACAUCCGGCCCGUGAGCCUGUUGCAUGGAUACGCUGUCUUGGUUGAUUUUUGUUACCCAAUUAACUAGGUGAUAUUUAAUUAAAGCCUGAAUCGACAGCUAUGGAUUCCAAGGACACCAAAGACGUAUGAACUUUGAUGUCCUCGGUCUUACUCUGAAGAAAUAGCCAUGGCUUCGUCUUGUGUACAACAGCUGUGUAGGAGAUCUACCAGUCAUCUCCGCUCAAAGACCUCGUGUGUCACCCUACUGUACUCCACUCACGUCCAGAAUCAUGUAGCAGGCGUAAGAACAGCUGAUAAAACCAACGCGGGAGGAGACCUUAUUAUUCAUGGGAACAAUUCAAUAUUUCAUGCAAGUCAGACGAGGCAACAAGUGGGUGUUUGUUAUUAUAGCGGUUACAAUGCUAGCCCGCUGCUACCAACUGAACACAGGGACACCAAAGAGUUGAUGAGCACGGAUGCUCUGUCACAAAUCAAAGAUGCCCAACACUUGACUGAAACUAACGCAAGAUUAGAUACUGAUGAAGCUGUAUAUCCCAGUGCUUCGGAAGAGAUAACUGAUAAAGACGCAUCUCACACAAUGGUUCUCUCCACCCUGCCGUCUGAAUCCUCAAGUCUCAGGGACUAUGUGGAUGAGUCUGAGACACUCAGCAAGCUGGUACAGCUAGGCGUUAAGCUCUGGAAGUUGGAGCAACGGCCCAACGUAGGCACCAUGCUACUGAAACUGGACUUCCAGACGGACGUGGUCCCGAGGCUGCUGUUCCUCAAGGAGAUGGGGGUGGAAGACUCUGGUCUGGCCUAUAUUCUCUCUGACAACCCCUUCAUUCUCAAGGAGGACUUGGAGAACCUGCAUGCUAGGGUGAAUUAUUUGAAGUCACAGAAGUUCAGCCCAGAGACUGUUGCCUCCAUGGUUACCAGAGCUCCGUAUCUGCUCAACUUCAGCGUGAAGAGGUUGGACAACAGACUAGCAUUUUAUCAGCAGCAACUAGGGCUCAACUCCUCUAAGACCCGUGGUAUUGUAGCUCGACUUCCUAGAUUGCUUUGUGGAAGUUUGGAACCAGUCAAGGAGACUCUGAGGGUGUGCAAAAUAGAACUUGGCUUCAAGGAGAAUGAGAUUCAGCACAUGGUUAUGCUCGUCCCUAAAUUGUUGACUUCAAAUAAGAGGAAACUUACCCAAAUAUUUGACUAUCUCCACAACACAAUGAAAGUGCAGCACCACCUUAUUGUGAAGUUUCCACAGGUCUUCAAUUCAAGGUUACUGCGUAUCAAAGAGCGCCACCUGUUCCUAGACUACCUAGGAACGGCACAGUAUGAUUCGGACCAGCCCAACUACAUCUCUCUGGACCGCCUGGCCUCCCUGCCUGACGAGGCUUUCUGCACGGAGGUUGCCUCGGCAACGUUAGAAGACUUCAUCAUGUUCCAGAAGACGAUGUGAUGGCAUGCGGUUUCAUGUCUCUAAAUAUGCAGCAACGGGGGAAAAGUAUUUGGUUGAAUACUAGUCUACGGAGUUCGGGAGGCGUUUUUUUAUACUGCCCGCAUGCGAUUUCCUGAAAGCGCGCAAUUUAUAAAAAAAAACGUAUUUCACUUACCGGGCUCUGUAACAAUCAUUUUUUUUAUGUAAACUGAAUAAAUUAUGUGUGAUAAUAUAAUUUGGUAUUAACUUUUGUGUGUAAGGCGGUUCCACAAGUUUGCCUAAAUAUUCUUUGACGCAUUUAUACAAUUUAUAUACUUUGUUAAUUAAUACAUUUACAAAUUAUUUACAUAUUUAUAUGAUAACCGGCCUUAUUCUUCCGUUUACUCGAUUGACUUAUCAAAUUUACAUAAAGUAAAUGGCCGUACUGGGAGGGAUAGGAAAAUUGUGUUUCAAAGAAUAAUCCGUAGAAUUAUCCGCCCCAGAGGCAUUUAUAGUUUGGUUAUCUCUAAAUAGUUGUGAUUCUGAUGCACGAGAUUUCCCACAAUGCCCUUCCCUACCCACAAUACCCCGCGAUUGUCCUUAGAAUUGCAAUGAUGGCGGCGUCGAGGGCACCAGUGGCAUCAGGUAGGCUCCUGGUUGGAUUCCGAAAAUGGUACUACAACAUGUGUGGCUUCAACAAGAUCGGGUUGCUACGUGAUGACACCAUCUAUGAGAACGACGAUGUUAAGGAGGCUCUGACGAGGAUCCCAGA